GGGCACACGCAAUAGCUUGCAAAACGGAGCACACAGCCUUAUGAACGUGCAGCGCUCCUAAGUAAGCUGAAAGAGUGGCACUCGAACAGUGAACAGGAAGUUAAAGUGACAGGUUGCCGAAGGCCGCAGCGUCAUUCGCAGAUAUCAUAAGCCUGUCUGGUUCUGCAAGGCGUGCAGAUGGCUGAGCGCAGCCAGCAGAUGACAAGGCCAGGGGAAGAAAGCCAAAGGACCAUGGAGGAGGACAUCAGGAAGAGAGGCAUGCUGUAUAUACAACAGCAGAGGUUCGGCAAGAAAUGGAAGAAGGUGUGGUCCAUUAUUUACAGAGAGAGCAGCCACUCCGUCUCCCGGAUGGAAUUCUUUGAAUACAAAGACAGCGCGAUGUUGGUGAACGUUGAGAAGCCGGAGCGGACAGGCCGCAAGCAGGAGAACAAAAAGGUCAUCAAGCUACGCGACUGCAUACGGGUGUCACAGACCGACAGUGAAAACUGCCCCAAAGACUGCAGACCCUUUCUGGUGGAGACCACAGAGAAAUUAUUUCUGUUUGCGGCAGAGAUCUGCGAGCUGGAGGGCUGGACCCAGGCACUGUGUGAGACGGCUUUCCCAAAGAGCUGGGGUGAACCAGGAAUCAAGAAACGAGGCAGCAUUAUGCACUCCAGGGGAGAUGGAGCUGAAGUGGAGAUGGAGGACAACACCCUCUACAGCGCACGAGACAGCGUGAUGAAGGACUUUAAGGUGACAAUAAGGAAGACAGAGGUCUCUGAAAAAUGUCGGCUGCGUGGGACCUACACUCUGCGGACAGAUUUUGACAGCCUUCUGCUCAAAGAUGUGAAGUCUGGGGAGGUGAUCUUCACCUGGCCUUACCGAUUCCUAAGGAGGUUUGGCAGGGACAAGGUGACCUUCUCCUUUGAAGCAGGGCGGCGAUGUGACUCAGGGGAGGGCAACUUUGAGUUUGAGACCAAGCAGGGAAAUACUCUCUUCCAGGCUGUGGAUAGAGCCAUUAACCUUCAGAAAAGCAACAUGGCCCCCCAGCGUCAAGCUUCAGGAGGAGUGGAUGUUGUCCUGGACAAUGGCACUACUUAUAGCACUGUCAAUGACAUCCAGCCCAGAGAGUGUCCCCCUCCAUCACAAGGUUCCCGCUCUCGGCUAGAGCUGCCCGCUGACAAGAUGCUCACUGGGGUUAAGAGUCUGAAUAUUGACACCAGACCACCUCCCCAAAAGAACCAGGUGAAGAGUAUCUCAAGUUGCCCAUUGCUCAAUAGUGAGGACUCAACCUACUCCCAGAUCUCCAUGCCCCGGGAACAGGGGGAGCGAGUGGAGAGGGCACAGGAGAUGCCCUCCUCUAAGCCUGUCCAGGACUCAGAGUAUUCCCUUCCAUUUGACGCCAUUGCCAAGAGUCUGAGCACUAUACUUGUUGCCUCCCAAUCAUUCAAAAUGGAGGAUGAGGGCUGUAGGGAGGCUUCUGUAGAUGGAGAAGAACAUUCAGAUCCCCUGUAUGACUCUAUUGAUGAGUCAGCCAUUAGGUCAGCCAUCCGGAAGAAGAGUGCAAAGAAGCCGACAUAUACCAAGGCAGAACACAUUUAUGAUGAGCCUGAAGGUUGUGCUGCAGAAGUUAUUGCUGCCAGUGACCCCCUGUCCUUCUAUGAUAACCCAGAGGAGUUCAAAGGUCAUGCUUGGAAAUAUAAGGGCUGUGCAGACCCAAGCGGCCAUGAGUAUCCAUACAACCCCAAUAUUGAUGACUAUGCCGUGCCCAAACCCCCAAGGAAAGCUUUGCUUGUGAAUGAAGAGGAAGAGGACUCUCCAUACGAUAAUGUAAUGGUGAAAAUUACUUAAAGGGGGAGCAGAUAAUCUCAAAACCACAUUAAGUUUGUAAAUCUUCCACAAGUUUUGCUGGAAACUGCGAAAGGUUCAACAACUGUGAAUUUCGAUACAAGUAUAUAUGUUGCACGUGCCUCAGUUAUUUGUAACUGAAGGAUAACAACCAGCAGAAUAAGAGUAGAUAAUUAUAAGUAAAUACAUGUGACAGAUUUUUUUUCUUAGCUUUAAUAGAUUUAUUGUUUUGUAAAACAUUUUGGUAAAACCCUCAUUCACAAAGGAGCCUCUUCUGAGUCACCGUGGCAACCUCUCUGCUUGCUCCAUGGGCAGAGAAUGCUUCUCAAUAUAAAGCUUCUUCACGAAUGGAUACAGAUUUUUUUUAUUAGAAAGUAAUAUAUUUUUAAGAAAACCUAAAGACAUUGAUGAAUAUCUGAAAGAUUAUGUGUUGUGCAAGAAAUGUUUAGGGCCAGUGUUUAAUGUCAGUGAUACAUUUUGAAAAAUGCAACCCUGUUUCCAAAAAGUUGGGAUGUCGUGUAAAAUGUAAAUAAAAAACAGAAUGCAAUGAUUAGCAAAUCAUAUAAACCCAGAUUUAAUUACCAAUAGGACAAAGACAAUUUCAAAUGUUGAAACUGAGCAUUUAUAUUGUUUUAUGACAAAUAUAUGCCCAGCUUUUUUGGAAAUGGAGUUGAAGGCUAAUGCACAUCAGCUAUGUCAUUGUCAAUAGAAAUUAAGGCUGAAAGGCUGAUAUUCAAGGAAAGGGACCCAGAUGUCUUUAUUGGUCGGUACCUCUACCAUAUAGAACAUGAAGAUGUCACAAUGCCCUAUUUAUUCUUUUAAUUCUGUCACUCCUGCCUUGUCCCUCCUGUAUGCUCUUUCACUGAGGCCAGCUCCUUGCUGUGUCUAUGCUCAAAAGGCAUGGAUAUUCAAACAAUGAAAUCUACUGCAGACACACCCACUCUGAAGGGAUCUUUUCAGUAUGUGCCAUGCAUUCUGAUAUUCUGGAGAGGAUGGGAUUGUGGUCGGCAUAGGGGACUAUAAUUCUGAUUCGGUCUCCCUCUCUUAUGCAAUGGAGCCCCCACCUAACAGACACAACAUGCAGUGAGUCUAUAAAUCUAGAGUGGGCAGUGAGAGUGCAAACCUCGCAGAAAUGACUGUGGCUUUGCUGACUGCUGCCUUCUUCGGCACAAGUGUGUUUACCCUGCACUCUGCGUCGGCACGGACGGCCUUUGGGUGGCCUGCUAACUCUAGUGUCAAACAUUACAGAACAAAUACUACAACAAUUAAGAGAGGAUCCUUGAAAACCGUGUAAAUGAUUCGUAAACGCAGGGAGCCAGUAUAAUAAAUCACUCAGAAACACAAUCUAAAUGCAAAUACAAAUGUUUAAAAAUGCAAAUAAAUCAGCUCAGGCAAACCUCAACUGAACCAUUGAUAGAUGGGGAAAAUAGAGAUCAGCAGAAAGGAUUUAAAAAAACGGGCUGUUGAGCUGAAUGUAUGUCAUCAUGACACUCGUGAUUCGCAGUUAUUCCACACUGUUUCUUUCCCUUGCUGGUUCCUCAUUUCAUGUUUGUGUAAUAUGUGCAAUAGUGUGUAAUGUGUGUAAAUAUAUUGCAAUAAGGUCAUCAGCAGAGCUGCCUGAAGGUGAGAUAAUAAAAGCAAUAUUUAAAUGCACAGAA